AUGGAGAGAUGCGUUGGUAAAAGCGAGGGACAAUGUUCGAAGCGGCGAAAAUCUUGCCAACGAGAGAUUACGCAAGCACAAAUGUGGUUCAUUGCCAUUGGCCAAGGCAAAAAAUCUUUCAACAAUCAUCAAUGUUGGGAGGUGGUGAAAAAUUAUUUGAAAUUCAAAAUUAUUCCCACGGGUUCGACCGUUGUGUGA